AUGUUAGGAAGUUUGGAUUAUACGCACUGGCGUUGGGAUAAAUGUCCAACUACCCAAGCCAGUGCUUACACUGGACACUACCACAAACCAACAGUUGUACUCAAGGCAGUUGCCUCUUAUGACUUGUGGAUUUGGCAUGCUUUCUUUGGCAUGCCUGGCACUCUAAAUGAUAUUACUGUUCUUAACAAGUCGCCUUUAUUUGCUGAAUUAACUAGAGGACGUGACCCUACUGCCAACUACACCAUCAACAAUCACGCAUACACCAUGAGGUAUUAUCUUGCAUAUGGUAUCUAUCCUCGUUGGGCAACGAUUGUGAAAACAAUAUCUCAACCUCAAGGCGCAAAGAGACAACUAUUUGCGAGGAUGUAG